CGCCGACCUUCCCGCCCCGGCACCGGAGCGGCUGCACGGGCGGCGCACCGUCCCGUUAGGCUCCCGCUGCCCCGCCGCUCACCGAGAAUGGAAAUCCCGCCGACCCACUACCCCGCCUCCAGGGCGGCCUCGGUGGCGGAGAGCUGCAUCAACUACCAGCAGGGGACCCCGCACAAGGUGUUUCUAGUGCAGACCGUCCAACAGGCCAGCAUGGAGGAUAUUCCAGGAAGAGGACAUAAGUAUCACCUUAAAUUUUCUGUGGAAGAAAUUAUCCAAAAACAAGUUACAGUGAACUGCACAGCAGAAGUACUUUACCCUCCAAUGGGACAACAUACUGCACCAGAAGUUAACUUCACAUUUGAAGGAGAAAUUGGAAAGAACCCAGAUGAAGAGGAUAACACAUUUUAUCAAAGACUCAAGUCCAUGAAGGAACCACUAGAAGCACAAAAUAUUCCAGACAGUUUUGGAAACGUAUCUCCAGAAAUGAAGCCAGUUCGACAUUUAGCCUGGGUUGCCGGUGGUUAUAUAAUAUGGCAGAAUUCUACUGAAAACACAUGGUAUAAAAUGGUAAAAAUUCAAACUGUCAAGCAAGUGCAAAGAAAUGAUGACUUCAUUGAGUUAGACUAUACCAUUCUACUUCAUGACAUUACAUCUCAGGAGAUUAUUCCCUGGCAAAUGCAAGUUCUCUGGCACCCACAAUAUGGUACUAAAGUAAAACAUAACAGCCGUCUGCCAAAGGAAGCACAACUGGAAUAAAUGAAGACCCUAACUCUGGAUGAAGUGUAAACAAGCUUAUUCAUGAUGUGUAUUCCAGUCUUCAUUGAUAUCUAGCUUAAGGGGCCAAACAAAUCCCAAUGUAUCACUUAGUGUAAGUGUCUCGAUUACAGUACUAUACAGCUUCCAUAAUAAAGUGUCACAAUGUACAAGUGUCUUUUAACAGUAACAGUGCUAUGUAUAUCCCAUAAUAAAAAGCUUCAAUUCCAGCCUCACAGGGUGUUCGUGUUGCAUACUUACGGGACAGGGGCAGUAAUGGUCUCCCUGAAAGCAACUUUUGGUUUUCCUGUGAUACAAGGACACCCAUAUUCUCUUUCCA